ACUUUUCAAGGAACAGUUGGGGAACCAGGAAAGAUGCCCGCGUCGCCAGCUGGAUUUGGAAACUUCUUCUUAGAGAGGAACCUCGUAAUGCCAGCUGGAUAUCAGAUCCCGGUCCUGGGGUGUCCAUCGGGUGUACAGCAGCAGCAACAACAACAACAACAGGCUCAGCAUCUGGCAGCUAUGGCAGCUGGAGUUCCCAUGACAUACUCAGGACUGCAGGGAUACAACUUUGUCCCUUAUCCACACCACAGGCACAUCGCGCACAUGAGCGGUGGCUUUGACUUGAAGGCCGCCUCUUCAUAUCAUCAUGCCCUCCUGGCCCGCGGAGGGGUCCUCUACCCUCCUUACCGUCCAGGUGCUGCGGAGGAUCUUGGCAGGGUUGCCAAGGUGGCGACACGUGAGAGCACUGGCGCGCUGAAGGCCUGGCUGAAUGAGCACCUGAAGAACCCGUACCCAACCAAGGGCGAGAAAAUCAUGCUAGCCAUCAUCACUAAGAUGAGUCUGACGCAGGUCUCCACCUGGUUCGCCAACGCCAGGCGGCGCCUGAAGAAGGAGAACAGGGUCAGCUGGGCAUCCAAAAGCAAAUCGGAUGAGGAGGAUGAGGAGCAGGAGGGGGAGAGUGACGAGGAGGAAGGUCCCCUGCAAAAGUGCAACUUGGAGAAGCAAGAUGAUGAGGCAAAGCAUCAUAAUGGGCAGGAAGUCACAGAUGAGCCUGAGCCGGAGCGCUCUGCAGCUGCAGAGGAGCGUUUGGAGGUGCAGGAAGCUGGAUCCGAGAAGAAAGCUGGAAGCGACGAUUCUGACCACACAUCAUCCACUUCAGAAAGCAAAGAGAACAUUGUCAGUCAGAAACCCAAAAUUUGGUCUUUGGCAGAAACCGCCACCUCAGAGGUCUCAAAGAAACCUGUGGAUGGUUUUUACCACCCUGCUGGGAAGCUGUGGGCAAACUGGGCUUCACGGACCGGACUCUUUGUUCCAGCUUACUACACCACUCAUGAAAUAGUUUGAGCUGAUCAGAAGACAGUUAAAAAAAAACAACAUUUUGCACUUUGAACCUUCAAACCUCACAGAAUUCCUGAAGUUUGUUAUGGUAUAAAAAUUUGUUGGGAGACCAAAGACUAAGGAUGUUCUGUCAUGUAAAUAAAUGUAGAUGUAUUUUUCCACCUGGAUGAUGUAAAUUAUAUUUCCUUAGUCUAACCAUAAAUAAGUAUUUUGUUAAAAUAAACUUUGGCUUAUUCUAAAA